UGUCGUCAACAGCUCCUGCUGUUCCUGCUGUUUUGUCUGCUGCCUCUCCUCCUCCUCCUCUGCGCUUUCUUUUCAAGUCUCGCCCAAACGCGGUCUUCCCCCACAAGUACUACUAGGCCGAUUUGGCCGACGACUUGGCUGACAUGGCCAAAAUCGUUCACAUUGCCCACAUCGUCCCCAUCUCCCAAAUCGUCCACAUCGUCCACAUCACCCACGUCGCCCACAUCGCCCACAUCGCCCACAUCGCCCACAUCGCCCACAUCGCCCACAUCGCCCACAUCGCCCACAUCGCCGAGUCAAGUGCGGGGAAGAAUGACGAUCGUGAAUGGUCGGCCAGUGGACGACCAGCGGUACUUCGCCUAUCAAGUUGCCCUACUCUAUGACGGCGAAUUAACGUGUGGAGGAAGCAUCAUAUCACCCUCUCAUGUCCUAACUGCCGCUCAUUGUUUUGGAGAUUACUACAAAUAUAACAAGAACUACGGCUCCAAUACUGAACACGUGUCGUUACUUGGCGGAAGCUCAUGGAAGCUUAACGAGGACCCGAACGCAACGAUCGAUUACUGGGACAUCGCCUUUGGCACCGCCAAUCUGCUAGCGGUCGGGAACCCCAAUCUUACGGUCGUGAGGGCAGCAGAACUCUGGAUAUCCACUGAUUUCAUCAUGGAAGGGCGAAUCAAUGGCAACGGAUCUAUCACUCAACGAGUUAGCAACGACAUUGCGAUCGUGAGACUCGCACAACCGAUUGCCUUCUCUUCCACAGAACUCAAUGUACGAUCCAUCUCUCUCUCCCCUGACGAAGCUUAUUUGGAAACAGGGCAUGAUCUAAUCAUCUCUGGAUGGGGCAGUCUUCUGACAAGUUCAGAGGGACCUAUGCCAUCGAUGUUGCAGACCUUGACAGUCGAUCAUUUGCUCAAUGAUUGCAACUCCAUGUUUAAGGAUCGUGAAUACAAUUUCAUUCCGGAGAUGAAUGUGAGCAUGUGGUAUGACCAGGAUGAGGUUAUCUGCGCCGGGUGCUCUACGAGAGCUUUGGGUAUAUGCAACGGGGACAGUGGCAGUCCUUUAUCAGUGUUGUCAAUUGAAGGAGGAUGUCCGGUUCAGGUGGGAGUGGCGAGCUGGUCAGUGGACAUCAACCACACAUUCUGCGGAAUGGGGGGAGCAGACUGGUACACACGAGUCAGCAGGAAGCUCCCCUGGAUAGAGGCUGUUGUGCGGCAGCCGCUGCGGAGCACAGUCGUGCCUAUGCCGGUACGCAGUUGUGAGACCUGCUCUGCAAACGGCGGUGGCGGUCCUAUUCCACAGGAGUGCAAGCGGGCGCACCUGUACGAUCUGGAGUUCUGCGACUUUCAAGCUCGCCUUGCAAGCUCGUUUGUCCUGGAAGAACCCACUUGUGAGGGCGGAAAUCACAGACUCAAAGCAUACAUUGAUUUCAAAAGGGGUUUCCAGUCUGAUCCCGUGGCAGAGCCUCCGGCAAUCUCAACACCAACGGCACCAACAUCACUCAUGGCAGCAACAGCAUCAUCCAUGUCAACACCAGAAGCAGCAGCAGCAGAAGAAGAAGAAGACGAUGUCGUUGCUGCAAAGUGCUUGAGAGCAAGUUGGAUCAGGGUAGGUGUGGUCCAGAGCAAGGUGGAUCAGGGUAGGGGUGGUCCAGACUCCAGAGCAAGGUGGAUCAGGGUAGGUGUGGUCCAGAGCAAGGUGGUGGAUCAGGGUAGGUGUGGUCCAGAGCAAGGUGGAUCAGGGGUAUUGCAGCAAUUUGGUCCAAAGCAAGGGUGGUUUCAAACAAGGAGGCUUAGAGAAGGUCUGGUACAGUGCAAGAUGGUGCGGAGAAGGGUUUUGGUGCAGGUUGUUGCAGCGAAGUGCUUGAGAGCACGGUGGUCCUCAGCAAUGAGAGUGAUCGACAAGUUUGGUAAGAACUGAUACGGAGAAAGGCUGGUUUGCACCAAGGCUAGUUUCUCUGGACUAGAUUCGCUGCCUCACUCUGUACCGAGGCUAGUUUGCCUGGAAUGAAGUCUCCGUCUCACUCUUGCCAAGGCUAGUUUGCCCGGAACGAAGUCUUGCUCAGGAUCAUCCUGCUCUGUACCAAGGCUAGUUUGCCUGGAACAAAGUCUCUGGCUCUCUCUGUACUGAGGCUAGUUUGCCUGGAACGUGGUCUGUACCAAGGCUAGUUUGCCUGGAACGAAGUCUUCCUGCGGAUCGUCCUGCUCUGUACCAAGGCUAGCUUUUCCUAAAAUGAAGCUCUGGAACAAAG